ACAACAUGGCUGCCGAAAAUGAAAAAUUCCAGGGAACGUGAUACAAAUGUGCUGUUUAUGAAAAAUCGACACCGAUUUAGAGUUUGAAAAGUAUUUGAUCGUUACCUUGUCAAAGAUACUGCCAUGUCGUCCGAAACACAGAAGUUAAAUUGGUUGGGAAAUGACUAUUUUGUGUCCCUAAUGCUUGCGAAUGAACAUUCGCAUUCUGCUCUCGAAAUGUUGGUAGACGAUCUCCACACGGAUAAAGAGAGAACGAUCAGUCAAUUUCUUUGUCAUUCCGGCUCCGAAGACUUUCUAUGGGGACUCAUCAGACUCCUUGGAGACAGCAGUUCACGAGUUGCUGGAAACUCCGCUUACAUCAUUGGAACCUUAGCCGAGAGCGAGUUCGGGUGCUACAGGGUUCUCUCCCUCAUCACAACAAGUCAAAAGAAGACAGAUGGGCGUCGGGUGCUUGACGAUCUGACUAAGAUGCUGGCGUUUGAUGAUGCAGAAAGUGUUAUGAAUGCAGCAGGAACAAUUGGAACUUUGGCUGAGACGCAUGAAGGCCGCCAGUGGAUGAUGGGGGAAUCGUGCCUCAUUCAAAUGAUAGAUAACAUAACUCACUUAUUGAUUAACGACAACAUUUGGACAGCUAGUAAUGCAGCUCUUGUCCUAGCAAGGGUAACGAUAGCAGAGGAGGGCUGCUUCAAGUUGUUAGAACACAGCGAAUCACAGAGCAUUCUAUCUCAGUUGAUACAAUCGUUAGGGGUGGAUGAGGCUGGGCGGGGCAUGAAUGCUGCGUUUGCCAUUGGUCGUUUGUGUGACAUGGACAUUGGACGGACACGGUUAUUAGGAAUGCUCGAAUCUGAAAAAAUGAUCACAUCACUUGCUAAGAUGUUGUCAUGCAGUGAUUUAGGUGCUAGUAAAAAUGCAUGUUUUGCCAUAAGCUGUUUGGCGACGACGCCGGAGGGGCAUGCGCGCUUAUUAAACAAUAUCUAUGCCGACGAUGUGAUAAAGACGUUAGGGAAACUGCUGCCGUCUGAGGACAAUGAAACAGGAUGGUUUGCGGCAAUGACAUUACGUACGGUAGCUAGUCAGCCUAGAGGUUGUAUGAAGCUCAGGGAUAAUGGUGAAGUUGUGAAAGCAUUAAAGUUGAUUAUAGGAGACCAGAAAACAAACAGUGAUCUGAAAGAGGAAGCUAAAGCCACAUUAGAAAUACUCAAAAGACUAGAGAAACCUCUACCUCCUAAUAUUGAAGUGAAAGGGCCUCAUGUGGUGGAGGCAAGUUGGUCUGAAGUCACAACCCGGGGGAACUUCCCUGUCAGGUAUCAGCUUUAUGAAGGUGAAAAAGUAGUUUAUUAUGACCGUGAACCCCAUGCGACUGUAAAAGGCCUUCAGCCAUUUUCUCAAUAUUCAUUCAAAAUCCGUGCCAUAACCGAGGGAGACGAAAGCCCCCUGAGCGAGACGAUAACGAUCACGACGGAGGAAUCAGUACCUGGACCUCCGACCCACCUACGAAUGGCUGGCUCAACAACCACCCAACUCAAAGUAGUCUGGGAGCCCCCUGAUGUCCCCAAUGGUAUAUUGAAAGGGUAUUACGUUUAUCAGGGACGACAAUUGGUAGAAUCUACAUAUGAGUUGAGUUCAAUUAUAACGGGGCUCCAACCAAGUACAUCUUAUGAGAUUCAGGUCUGUGCUUCCACUGCUAAGGGCAAGGGGCCGAAGUCAAUUGUUUGUGGAACAACGUCAGAACUAGGUGCUCAUGCCCCGGAUAAACCCACAGUCACUGUCCUCGGAAGAAACGAGGUUCAUGUUUUAUGGAGCCCUCCUGAAAACCCCAUCGGGAAGAUAAACCGGUACGACUUGACGGUUAAUGGGAAAAACGUCUACUCAGGAACUGAUCUCAGUUAUACAGUGCGGCGUUUGAACCCGGAUACAGAAUAUGCAUUUGUUGUGAGCGCUCUCACCAACGAGGGGAGGUGUGAUAGUAAACCAACCAAGAAGAAGACGAGUAAAGAUGAAUAUGAUGAUGGUAAUCGACAACCUCUCUAUCCCCAACCAAAGAAAGAGAAGGAGUCUCCACCGAGACAGAAAUCGGCAAAACGCAGAAAAUCAAGUGUAUCAAAUUUAGCUGAGAAUAAAGAAUUGUUGCGGCGGAAUUCUGCUCAGGGAAAGUUCCUGUACAAUCAUCGACAGUCGAUAUCUGAAGAAGCAGAGAAGGUGGUGAAUAAAGCCGGACCGCGGCCACCAUCAUCAGGAGGUUCCAGUACCAGCCACCAGAGGCGAUCGAGUAUACCAAAGGAAGACAGAUCUGAGAGACUUGCAAGUGCCAAGUCAACCAAAUCGAUCUCAGAGUCCGUGACUCCUUCAACUAUCCAGCUGCCUCCACCGGUGCCGUCCCCACAUCACAUUGACUACACAGCUCCACAGUAUCCACCUCACCAGCGCCUCCACCCGUCAUUCCAGGAACCGUUGCAGCCGAUCCAGUUUAACAGGGAAGGAUCAUCCAUGACGGCUGCCCCUGGUAUUAUGUCAAUUAAGAUCUCAGUCAAAAACACUGGGAGUAGGAAAAAGACCUGUGUUACCAUCGGUGAUCGCACGACAGAAUCCUCUAAAUCUACUUCUCGAGUGAAAAAACGGAGUACCAGUGACAUAGAACUCACCCGAAGCAUGACAACACUCAACCUAGGUUUAAAAACACAACAAGGAAUUCAUCAUAAAAAGUACCUUGACCCCGUGACCGCUGAUUUAAAGAAUAAACGAAACGGUCAGAUCUUACAGCUGAAUCCAGACAUGGCUCAUAGGACGAAUACGUUUAUAGGCAGUCAUAGACCGAACUCAAAGAAGGGAUCUAAGAGCGACCGAAUCCCACCAAAACAACUCACACCCCCUGGUAUUCCAACACCUCCUCCUGGGUUGAACUGGCAGCCAAAGUUUCCUGCACCUCCCAUGACGUUUAACAACAACGCCAAGUUUGUGCCGAUGCAGUUCCGAACACAACCUGCCAAUUUACCCAGUACCCUGAGGCGGGAGCUCACAAGCGUUGGAGUCUAUGAUAAAGCACCUGGUCUGAAGAAAAUUGAUGCAGUGACUAGAAGUAAUACUCAAGCUGAUAUGAGUCGGUCUAACUAUGAGAGUGAACAGAGAUAUGCUGUCGGAAAUCAGAAAGUGACAUCGGGAAAACCGUCGUCUAGUGCUUCAUCGAGGAAACAUCCAAGCCAGCUGUAUACGUCGAAGACUCAAGGGAAUCUUUACGCUGAACGUCAGUUUCCGGCACAACCUGCUGCAAGUUCACAUCCACAGACAGCAAAUUUACAAAGUGCCAGAUAAUGACAGGCGUGGACUACGAACUGUGGCUUGCUUUGUGAUUGACUAUGAAAUUGACGAUAAAGUCACUGUGAUAAGGUUGGAGCUCAUGACUGUAAGGGGAAAAUGUCUUCACAGAAAAUGUGCUGCCAUACACUGCUGGUGCCAAAAUGCAGUCUGCAAAGGGCAAGAGGGGGUAGCCUAAUGGACUCAAAAUCUCGGACAUUAAUUUGUUAUCAGAAUAGGAGUUAUCAUGGCUAUGAUGUGAUAGGAUACAGUGUAAGAAGGCCUGGUGAAAUGUUUCAGUCUCCUUAGGGCUAAUGUCUUACCUAAGGUACGGUACGUUGUUAGAAAAUUAUGGAAAAAUCAAAAUUGUAGUAUAGUGUUUUAGUGUCUGUUCUAGUAGCAUGGAUAUACUAGUAGUUAUACAUGUAAAAUGAACGGUUACAAUGGAGAACAGAUGAAAUGUGAUGGUAAAGAGAUUGUCUUUAGCAUCCACUUUUGUCAAACUAGUAGGCCUAUUUGCUACAUGUACACGUUGUUGCUUUGACUUUUAUGGAAGAAUUGCUGGGUGGGACAAAUGUUUAUGGCAACUUGAGUCUUUGGCUGAGUAUGCUCCCUCAUCUAAUGUUUUUCCACAACUAUACCUUGCUAUAUUUCUAUAUGAACUGUGAUAACUAUUGUUCCACUCUGAUGGCAAACUAUAUGUACACUGUACACUGUUACACUGUACACUGUGCACUGUACUGUAAACUCGGCCUGAACACCGACUAAAGGGACAGGUGGUUGUUUUAUUCUUUCUUAUCGCUUCUUUUAUGUUCACUUUAUAUUUUUACAUCUUCUUUAUUCUAUACAUUGAUUUGAACCUCACAUUGUCACAUGUACACCAUAGGUGUAUGCUAGUUAAUGUAUGUAUAUUCAUGCACAGGUUUUAACCACUGCAUGUACAUGUAUGAUAGAUUCUAAAAUGCCUUGAUUAGUAGUGUAACACUGUUUACAGUGUAUGAAGCACUGUACCUCAUUCUGGUGACAGCUCCUAUGGUUUGGCUGCUACCAUUAUUGUACAGAAUUAAGG